AGUAUACGCUCCAACACAACAAGGACCACAACAAAGUCAAAAAAAAAUGUUUUCCUCCCUCUAUUUAUACGUUUGCUAUGCAAAUUAACAGCCUAUGUUUUCUAGUUUUCUAUUGGCAGUUACAAUAAACAUAGGGCAAUGCGUUUUUUGCUGCAAUUGGUUAAUGUGAGAUCCUCGUAUUCAUUGGUUGCUCAAACAGUUACAUUUUUCCACCAAUCAUGAUUCACUAAUCCGUCCAGGAGAGGGGAUAAAAGGACAAGAAUCGUUGCGUCAUUAUGUUUUCCCAUUUGUGUUUCUGUGAACGGGGUUUGCUUAGUCAAGAGCUACAAUGUCUGGUCGAGGGAAACAAGGCGGCAAAGUGAGGGCUAAGGCAAAGUCCCGGUCAUCUCGGGCUGGCUUGCAGUUCCCGGUAGGUCGCGUUCAUCGGCUUCUCCGGAAGGGUAAUUAUGCUGAGCGAGUUGGUGCUGGAGCCCCUGUGUACAUGGCUGCUGUCUUAGAGUAUCUGACUGCUGAGAUUCUCGAGUUGGCUGGCAACGCUGCGCGCGAUAACAAGAAAACCAGGAUCAUUCCCCGCCAUUUGCAGCUCGCCAUCCGUAACGACGAGGAGCUCAACAAACUACUGGGGAAAGUCACUAUUGCUCAAGGGGGUGUUCUGCCUAAUAUCCAGGCCGUGCUGCUGCCUAAGAAAACCGAAAGUCAUAAAGCCAAGAGCAAGUAAGAGUGAUUGAGGAGAACCGGGACAUCUGAAUCUGUGCUUAAAAAUUAAAAAAAAAAAUAACCCAAAGGCUCUUUUCAGAGCCACCCACAGGGUCAGAAAAGAGCUAAAUUAUCGUUUUACAGAUUUAACAAAGUGAGUACGGUUUGUAUUUCAAAUUCAAUAAUUUUGCAGCACUUUUUUUCCCAGAGUUUCCUACGUUUCUGUAUUAAGUAAUAAACCUUUAGAGUUAGUAGUAGUUGUAAUGCAAUGAAUUACUAGAUUUUAUCGAUGUAAUUUAAAAAACAUCUCGUUUUAGUACUUAUAUAUAAUAUAGGGAAACUAAAAAUAAUUUAUAAAACCUUAUUUCGGCUAUGCUCCGUAUUUAACUUAUCUUUUCGCUCCUUUUAUUGUGGUCUGGUUGUUCUCCCUUUCUUAAAUGCAUCAGUUUGAAGGUCAGUCUGAAAAAGGACCGACCCUUAGAGACGUGAAUGAAUUUAGAGGCUUUGCAGAAACACCAGCACAGCGAGGGGCGGAUGUACAAUAAAAAGGGCGAAAAGUACCAAGAUACAUGUAUUACAUAAACACUAAAAACAGCAUUAAUCGAUCUUCUUUGUGUGUGCUCUGAUUUAAAAGAGUUUUUCUGCGAUUUAAUUUAGAUUUGUUUGGAAAUGAACUAAUGAAACCCAGAGGUGCGGUGUGUUAAACCAAAGUAGCUCCUCAAAUUACCGGGACAGGGCGAUGAAGAGUUGAAUUUAGUGAAAACUCCCUAGAAGUGGCCACGGGCCGCGCUGAUCAAUUGCUGCACUGGCGGGCUUUUUAAACCCGCCAGCCGUUUUCAUUUCGUUGCUACUCAACUGCGUUUUGUAUUUCUUCCUUCUCUCUUUUUCCCUUGUUCCUCCCAAUCACCAGCGGCUCCCGUUUUUCCUCUCUCUCUUUUCAUCUUCUGUACUGAAGAGAUCGAGGCGCUCCAAAGAGUAUCAGAGAUUCAGUAGAUUCCCAGCUCACAUGUCCUGAGCGCUGUUGUUUUGGUGUCCUAGACUGCCGAAGUUGCCAUGCAGUUUCCUGGUUAUGUAGAGAGCGACAGGUGCGGGGGGGAGUGCUCGUUUUGUGGGAAGCAUGGAGUCCCAUAAUGAGCCAAUACAUUGGUAUUUUCUGCAUCAAUUCCCCGCCAAUACCAUGACUGCAGUCUCCAAGAAUCAAAGUGCCUCCCUCAGCCCAAGUGAGCCAAAGCACCAGCUAUGGGGCAACCGCUCAAGUGCCUAUAUAACUCCAUCUCUAGCUCUCUCCCAUACAAUCCAUUUUAUAAUUUAUCUCCAAAAUAUUUAAUUCACUUUAUUGCAUCGACUCCCUGCAGAGCAGGGAUGAAGAAUAGCUAUGGUACCUAUGCUCCAGAGAGUAUCUUUUCCUUAGUUCCUCCUGAGCACUGACACAUCAGGCAAGCCACUGAUUAUGGACAUUCAUUAAUUGUGGUACUUCUUCGCAGAUGAUGCCGGCAUAUUGAAUACCCUUUGUCAUUGUUUUCUGCCAGUGUUUCCUUGGCCCUACUCACUUUCUUUUUCCUCCCUUGGGUACCCAGUUCCAUACUUGCUUACCAUGUCUCCCAUCUUUCCAUACUGUGUACAUCUCCCAACCACCUGAGCCUUCUUUCUGUGUUUAUAUUAUCUAACACAUCCUGCUCUGUCAGCCCUCUUACUCUCGCAUUUCUUAUUUUGUUUUUCCAUUAAAUGUGUAGUGUCUUC